AUGCCUAAAGGAAAAGAACAUGCCAAAAAGAACUCGAAGGGGAAGAAUAAAGCUAAAGAACCAGAAACAUUCGAAGAACUAAUGGAAGAGGGUGUUAAGCAGGAAGAGAAAGGUGAGUGUUAUCAAACGGGCGAAAAAGCAGAACGGUUCUAUGAACGAGCACGAGAACUUUACGCGAAAGCAUACGAAAAGAAACCCAAUGACGCGGAUUGCUUAUAUAAUUGGGGUCGAAUUCUUUAUAUUCUCGUGAACUUUGUUCCGUCUCAUUCGCCGCCAGAACUAAAGCUCUCGCUUCUCGCGCAAUCCAUUGAAAAGUUUCGCGCUGCUCUUGUGAUGGAUCCGGAUAAUGCUGAUGCGUUGUUUAACCUGGCUCAGGCGUUAACCAGUCAGGCGGAUGUAAUUAGAGAGCGAGAUACCGAUGGAUUAGAUGACGCGAUUACGUCGUAUAAUGAAGCUGUGCAGUCAUUUGAACGAGUUUAUGUACUACAGCAAAAAGAAUUGAUGAAUUCAAAACCACCGCAAAAUAAUGAAUCCGGAAAUGAUAAAGUGUUAAAUACUGAAUCGUUGAAGACUACAUCAUCAGGUGGCAGUGGUCCAGGUGUUGGGUCGUCAACGUCUUUGAUUUCUGCAUUUGAAAAUUUGAAUCUGAAAAAAAAAGGAAACCAAGCUUCAAGCGAUGGUGAACAAGUAAUCGCAGAAGUUACAGAAAUAACGCCAGUUACCACCGAGUCGUUAGUUGACACGCUAAUUUCGAUUGCUCAUACAUUGUCGUGUCUUGCAGCUCUUGUUGAAUCACUCGAGUACGCCGAAAAAUGCUAUAUACAGGCAAUACAAAAGCUUGAGCUCGCAUUGGAGCUUGAUGUACCAUCAAAAGAAUCGGAAAUUCAGCAUCAAUGGGCAAAUAUAUAUUCGUCACAAGCUGAACGUGCAUUUGCCGAAACAGGUAGCAUGGAGCAAGUAGAAAGGCUCUAUGAAAUUGCUGCUCAGAAGAUGAACAGUGUUAUUGAACAAGAUGCCGCGAAUGUUGAGGCUAUUUGUGAUCGAGGAGAUUUGUUGACCGAAUACGCUAAUACGCUUAUGAAAUCCGUUGUGAUGAGUAAACUCGAUCACGAACCGGAGCGACAGGAAAAAAUUCGUGAAUUAUUUGAUCUCGCGAUCAAAUCAUUUACACUUGCAUUAGAACUUGAACCGAAAAAUUCUGCGAUCCUUGAGAAACUUGCGUCACUUAAUUUCACAAUGUCCUUGUUACCGUUGGCCGCAAUGGAGAAAAAUAAACCCGAAUUACAUAAUAACGCGUUAAAAUAUUAUAAAAGGGCUUUAGAUGCUGACCGAGAUAACCUCGACACUUAUCUAUGUUAUGCAUUGGUUUUGUGUCACGUGCCUGGAAAAGAUGGAGAUGAUGUGGUUCAAACUUUAACCGAGUUUAUAGAACGAGGCGGGAACAAAGAGUUUGUGGAGGAAUGGCAAAUGGAGAAUCAAGAAUUGCUGAGAAGUAGUACAAUUGGGAAAGAAUAUACAAGUCGGGUGAUUGAAACCUGUUUUUCUUCAAAUUCGAAGAAACGUCAUGGCUGA